AUGGCUGCCAGAUUCCAGUAUCCAUUUCAAUGCAUCCAGUAUCUCGAAGCGCCGGCGCCUACUUCUCAAAGAAUCUUCGUGACGUCUGCUGGCCCAAAACUAUACUCCUUCUCGGCUGAGGACGGGCGCAGGCUUUCCGUUUGGCCACGGGCACAGUCGAGCAACGAGGCACAGUCAAGCGCAGCUGAGCGCGGAGACGCCGAUAGCGGCGAGCCUCCAGAGAAGAAAAGGAGAAUUUCGCCGUCUGAAGAUCAGGCAAAUGGCCAUGCAGACUCCAAACAUGAUAACCAGGAGACGCAGUCUGGCAAGUCCUGGUCCACUAUCCCCAUACUGGUCGCUUCUCCAACAGGACGCCACAUAAUCGCAGUUACCGGAGAGGACAAGUGCGUUCGGGUCUUUGAAAUUGGCACAGACGGUGCCCUCAUUCAACUGAGCGAGAGGUGCAUGCCAAAGCGGCCAUCUGCUGUUACUCUAACGCCUGAUGGUAAUACGAUUCUUUGUGGAGACAAAUUCGGCGAUGUUUAUGCUCUGCCGCUGAUACCCAGCGACAAGCCAAACGUUCCCCGCAAAAGCUCUAAGCCAGCAAAGCCUUUCCAGCCGUCGGCGUCAUCUCUCACUGUCCAUUCCAAGCGCAAUUUGGAGGCGUUAGAACAACAGCGUCGGCAACUUGCCCAGAGAUCAGAACCGAAAUCCGAGCCUACCUUCGAACGGAACCUACUGCUGGGGCAUGUAUCAUUGCUUACAGAUUUGGCCUUUGUGUCUCUCUCGUCGAGCACGUCAUCGAGUGAGUCACGGGAUUAUAUUCUCACCGCAGAUCGUGAUGAACAUAUCCGAGUAUCUCGCGGGCCACCUCAGACACAUAUUAUCGAAAAUUACUGCUUCGGCCACUCGUCAUUCGUCAGCAAGAUUUGCAUCCCACAAUCAUUUCCGGAGCUUUUGAUAUCCGGUGGCGGGGAUGACUAUCUGUUGGUUUGGGACUGGAGAGCAGGUCAAGUUUUACAGAAGGUUCCAUUGAUCCCGAGUUCGCCCAAGGAAGAACUCGCUGUCCGAGGUAUAUGGGCAAUUCCUCUCUUGACGAGUUCCGACGUUGAAAACAGACGGGUCAUUGUUUUUGUCGCUAUUGAAGGAUCUUCCGAGCUUCUCGGAUUUCUUCUACAGCCCAGCGGUGAUAUGAGUCGUCAGCAGUCUCUGCAACUCUCUGGGAAUGUCCUAAGCCUGGCACAUGCUGGAAACGACACGAUAGUUGCCUCCAUCGAUGGCGUGCACGAAUCUGGAUCAACAAAAACCUGGAAAGAGAACACAACUGAACCGCAGGUCUUUGUUCAAGCAUUUGCGAUUAAAGCUCAACAGGAAAAUGUGGUAUACGAACCAGCCACUGCACAGGUCGUGGACAAUAUCAAUCGCCACGGGACGCAAGGGAUUUUGAAGUCUGAGGAUGAGGCUUCAAAGGCAAAGGAGCAGAAGACGUUCAGCGAGUCACUCUACACCAUUGGGAAUCUCAGGAAAAGAGGGCAGGAAGAUUGA